AUGGACAGCCAUAGGAUAGGCGCUCCUCCGCGCCGAACUCCAUCGCCGGGUCACCCACUCCAGCACGGAUAUCAGCUCGACGAUGUCCCUUACGGUCAUCCUGCUCCUUCGCAUUCGAACCUCGAUAUCCCAACCGGCCCUGGCAGAUAUACACCAAGUGAUAACCUGCCUCUGAACGCAGCUCACUCAAUGACCGACCUGUCGCACUAUGGCGGUGGUACGCCGCAACCACACUAUGGAGGCUCAGAAUAUGGUGUUAACCCCGAGCAACACCACGAUGCCUACUUCAACCAAUCCUAUGAGCCAAACCCUACAGGCAUGACGCCAUAUGAUGAGCACCAGGGCUACCAACUGGACGAUUCGCGGCCCAUGCUACAGCAGAAUGACUCCUAUUCGCACGCGCAAGCGCAGGACCCGUACCGGGAUGAUCCUCGAGCUCAGCAACAGAACAACGGCGGUGGAAUCAAGCGAUGGAAGACUGUGAAGCAGGUGCUCUUGUACCGUGGAAACUUGGUUCUCGACUGCCCAAUUCCUUCCAGAUUGUUGAACCAGCUUCCUCACGGUGAGCGUGACGAGUUCACUCACAUGCGAUACACAGCUGCGACUUGCGACCCCAAGGAUUUCUACGAUGAGAAUUUCACCUUGCGCCAAAAGCUCUUCAGCAAGCCACGUCACACGGAACUCUUCAUUGUUGUUACCAUGUACAACGAAGAUGAUAUCCUAUUUGCGCGAACCAUGGUUGGUGUUCUCAAGAAUGUCGAAUUCAUGUGUAGUCGCAAAGAGAGCAAGACCUGGGGUCCCGACGCUUGGAAGAAGAUUGUGGUCUGUGUCGUCAGUGAUGGUCGAGGCAAGAUCAACCCGCGAACAAGAGCUCUCCUUGCUGGUAUGGGCGUUUACCAGGACGGUAUUGCCAAGCAGCAAGUCAACGGCAAGGAUGUCACUGCCCACAUUUACGAGUACACAACACAAGUCGGCAUGACCAUCAAAAAUGAUGUGGUUCAGCUCAUUCCUAAGAAGCAGCCCGUGCAGAUGCUGUUCUGUUUGAAGGAGAAGAACCAGAAAAAAAUCAACUCCCACAGAUGGUUCUUCCAGGCAUUUGGCCGGGUCCUUGAUCCCAACAUUUGUGUCCUGAUCGACGCAGGAACCCGACCUGGAGGUAACUCUAUCUACCACUUGUGGAAGGCCUUUGACCUGGAGCCCAUGUGCGCUGGAGCUUGUGGUGAGAUCAAGGCCAUGUUGGGAACUGGUGGCAAGCAUCUACUCAACCCCCUGGUUGCAACGCAAAACUUCGAGUACAAGAUGAGUAACAUCCUCGACAAGCCUCUGGAGUCGGCCUUUGGAUUUAUUUCCGUCUUGCCUGGUGCUUUCUCCGCCUACCGAUAUGUAGCACUGCAGAACGACAAGAACGGUCAAGGUCCACUGGAGAAGUACUUCAAGGGUGAAACUCUCCACGGUGCCGGUGCUGGUGUUUUCACAGCCAACAUGUACCUCGCCGAGGAUCGUAUUCUUUGCUUCGAACUCGUCACGAAGCGCAACUGCCACUGGAUCCUGCAAUACGUCAAAUCAGCUACUGGUGAGACCGAUGUACCAGACACGGUGACGGAGCUGAUUCUGCAGCGUCGUCGUUGGUUGAACGGUUCAUUCUUCGCCGCCAUCUAUGCCAUUGCCCACUUCUAUGAAUUCUUCCGAUCCGACCAUUCAUUCUUCCGCAAGAUCAUGUUCUUCGUCGAGUUCAUCUUCCAGACCGUCAACAUGAUCUUUGCUUGGUUCGCUAUUGGCAACUUCUUCCUCGUAUUCAAAAUUCUGACGACGAGUUUGGGCGGAGACGAUCUUCUGGGUAAUGUCGGUGUUAUCCUUGGUGUCGUUUUCGAAUGGUUCUACGGUAUCUCCUUGAUGGCCUGUUUCGUGCUCUCCCUGGGCAAUCGUCCUGCUGGAUCCGGCAAGCUCUAUACCGCCAUGGUGCUCUUCUGGUCUGUGAUUAUGAUCUACCUCACCUUUGCUGCUGUUUUCAUUGCAGUGAAGGCUGUGCAGGCACAAGUUGCCACUGGGUUCAAUAUCUCCGAUCUGUUCCAGAAUAAGGUCUUCUCUUCGCUCAUCGUCUCCACGCUGUCGACCUACGGAUUGUGGUUGAUUGCAUCACUGAUGAUGUUUGACCCGUGGCACAUGAUCACAUCAUUCCUGCAGUACCUGCUCUUGACGCCUACUUACACCAACGUCCUCAACGUCUAUGCUUUCUGCAACACACACGAUAUCUCCUGGGGUACCAAGGGAGACGACAAGGCCGAGUCUUUGCCAAGUGUCGAUACCAAGGAUGGCAAGGGUAAGACCGAUUUGCCCGACGAUGGUGAUCUUAAUGCGGCAUACGAGCGUGAGCUUGCCGUCUUCUCGAAGAAGCACGUCGAGCCAAAGAAGGACCCCACUGAGGCCCAAAUUGCCGAGGCGCAAAUGGAUUACUACCGAUGGAUCCGAACCCUGGUCGUUCUCAUUUGGAUGAUCUCCAACUUUGGUCUCUGCGCCUUGGUUCUCAGCACAGCUGGUCUCGAGGAACUCAGCACGAGUGCAGACGAGGAUACCGAUGCCCGUGCCUCAGUCUACAUGACUGUCGUCUUGUGGAGUGUGGCUGUUCUCAGUGCAUUCAAGUUCAUUGGUGCAUUGUGGUUCCUCAUUGUGCGCAUGUUCCGCGGUGUAUAG